CCGAUUUCCUGCAGUUGUUGAAUUCGGAAAAGACUACCGCCCACAGCGUCCCCCAGGAAGCCGUGGUUUUGCACUAGGUGCCCAGGAUUUUUCCACUGUGUGCUUUGCAUUCUUCACAUUCUUGAUGGACACGUUAAACUUAGUGGGAGAAUGAUGGCAAAGGAGAGAUCUAGUAUACAGCCUUUUCGAUGCUCAAAAUCUGUCGGUGUUGACCUUUCCGAUGAGGAAGAGGUUUGGCAAGCCUCGGUAUGAUCUCGCAAUCAGGAAGUAGAGAGUGAUUUUUUUUCUUUUUUGAGGUGCUGCGAACCGGAGGCUUCUGUCAACAAGUCUCUGAUGGGAUCAGUUGUGGACGGCAUCGAAAUAGAGUCACUACAGAUGCGCGCGAGUUGGGAGACGAUAUGUUGGGGUUGCGGACUGCGUGUGAUCCUUCCCAAGUAUGCACCAAUGUUUAGAUGUGGAUGGUGUGGGGCAAUAACUAUCGACAACGCUGAUAUCAAGCCUGUAUCGCCGUGGAGUAGACGAUGCUCAAAAGGAAGGGACCAAGUCUUUGUGUUCCUUGUCCUGUCGUUGACCUUCUCCAUCAUUUGUGGAGGAGUUUGGUCUACCUUUCCGGUGCUCUUCCCAACAGCAACGGUAGGGUUUUAUAUACAUUCGGCCAUUACCACCAUUCUUUCUUUUAACACUCUGUUCAACUACUGCAUGGCGGCAUUCAGACGAGCCGGACCACCUCCAACUGUGGAGUGGGGCAGGUAUGACUUAGUUCCACGACAGGCUUUGGAAGGAUACAAGUUUUGCGUAUAUUGCAAAUUACCGAAGCCACCAAAUGCGCACCACUGCCGCAGCUGCCAAUCUUGCGUGAUCGAGAUGGAUCAUCACUGCCCCUUCAUUGGCAAUUGCGUGGGAUCGAACAACCACCGACAUUUUCUACUUUUCUUACUUUUCGCAACUGCUAGUGGCUUUUAUGUUUUGACAAUGUCAACAUAUGUGGGCUCUAAAGUGUGGCCAAAUAUGGUGAGGUUCCGUCGUGCUAAUACGCCUCGACUGCAUGGGGGAGCUAGCUAUGACGUCUUAGCUGAUCUGUUGGUUACAAUGUUCUUGAGUAUGGAACCGGCAGCAUCAACGCGCGCAUUUUCUCUGAUCUUUUUGUGUAUAGCGUCCUUUUCUUUGGUAAUUGGAGUUGGUCUCUUACUUUAUCAUCAGGUGAAGCUUGUCUACACUGGUGAAACUUAUAUAGAUUCUUUAAGCUCAAGUGGCCGGGGUCAUGAUCAGGAUAAAAGCUGGACAAAUCUCAGAAAGGUGUUUGGAAAGCAACAUCCAUUCCUUUGGCUCCUUCCAAGAAUCAGUUCAAAAUGUUUACAAGCUUCUGUAAAAUCUCAUGCAGGAUAGUAAUAUGUAAUUUUCUCCAGCUGCUUCCAGCUACCCAAGUAUGCUACGCUUCCAUCCUUUGCUUGGUUCUUCAAUUGCCUUAUCACCAUCCUUGGCCUGUGCAUGACCCCUUGAAGUUAGUAUAUUUGUUUUGAUUGCAUUGAUUUUCAAGGCAGCUCGGAUGAUUCUCAAGAACAAGGGUCGCUACUGCCGUUGCAAAAAAUUUCUUGCAACCUCUGCUGACAGGGCUGGCCCCUUUAAUAAAGGUUGGUAAGAACGGUGUGUUUUAGGAGACUCCUCUAUAAAUGAGAUGCAUCACGAGUUGAAUUAAUGUGUAUUAGGCAUCAACUGAUGCUAAACAAAGCUGAGAGGUGAAAAUGUUACCAAUAUCUGCAGUUGUGAUUUUAGCAGAGCUCAUGGUUUUUAUUGACUAUGUAUUUACAGGAAUUCUACCUGCCGCUGGAUUUUUCUGCCUGAGUUUUUGUGGUGAAAAUCAGGUGGACAACUCACUCGUAGUAGCAGAUACUGAGUUCUUUAGAUGAAUUAAUGCCGUGAAGUGAAGCCCUCGGAGGACAACCCAGAAUUCCAUCCUGAAAGUCGCCAUUGAAACAGGAUACAUAGAGCAUGCAGCUUUUACGAAGGGAAAGUUGAAAUGCGUGCGUGGAGCACCAAGAGGUAUGUUUUAAUGAACAGCAGCAUUCCUUGCGUUUCAUAGAUUCUAUUUGGAGCAUUUAUGUCGGUUGUGCUUCUAAAUAUUGCACACAUUGCAGUCGUCAUUGCAGCUCAUAAUCUUAAUCUUAGAUGGAAGACAGUAUUUUUUUUGUAUACAGAGCCUGCUUAGAUUCCUAUUGUAGAACGAAUGGCAUUUCCCGAUUCUAUUGGUUAUUGAUUCACAUAACUUAUGGCUAAGUUCCUGAGGCUUCAAUGAGUUGAUGUGGUCCUUUAUUAUGAACAGCAAAUUUCGUCAACUAUUACAGCCAUUUAUGGUAUUAAAACUU